CCAGGAAGUAUAAGAAUUACAAUACUGCAAUGGAGAGAUUCUCAAUAAUCUUGUAUCAACGUUUAUUAUUCUUUUUCAGCACUGUAUACGACGACUCGGAUAUAUCCAAAAUUCAGUGAUUGCAUUCGUUUUUUGUUUGUUAUAGUGUAUUGUGUUUAUUUAUUUAAAAAUAGGCUAAUCAUUAUCGCAGAGUCAUGAGACAUUUUGCACACCCAGCAGCUUUCGCCUACUCCAUGACAACUCUUGGUGCUGGCAUGAUGAACAGCAUUUUUAGUUUCUAUUAUGUGAAACUCUUCUUAAAUAAGUACAAAAUAUCAGAGGGAGCUUUCCAUCAGGCACAGGUUGUCUAUAUGAUCUGGAACGCAAUCAAUGACCCCUUGUUUGGUUAUUUGCAAGACAACUCACGCAUAGAGUUCUGUUCACGUCGGAGGCUCUCAAUUUUAUAUGGAGCCCCCCUGUACUGCCUGACAUUUUUGCUAGCAUGGUUUCCUUGGAGAACGUAUAAGGAGGGUGACUGGCUGAGUGGCGUACACCUUACAAUUACCUUAUGCGCUUUUGAUGGCAUGCUUACAUUCGUGCUGUUAGCUCAGUGUGCCCUCUUUGCAGAAAUUUCAGGAGACCAUCAGAACAGGCUGAGACUUAUUAAAUACAGCCAGGUUGCCUCUCUGGUGGGUUCUUCUAGCGUGCUGUUUAGUGGCCUUAUCACCAGGAACAUGGAUGACUUCGCUGCCUUUCAGGGAUUCAGUGUGCUGGUGGCCGUGCUGGCGUGCGGAGCUAUGUUAUACACAGGCUUUCACAGUGAGAGUCGAUUUGAUAGUGAAUCCUUUGAGACAACUUCCCAAGGUCCCCAGAAACCAUCACUCUCAAUGUCUUCUGUUGUCUCCAUGACCUUGCAGAUCCUGAUCAACAGAGACUUCCAGCUCUUUGUAAUCAUGAACUUUUUCCAGGUAUUUAUGGUGGCUUUCUGCAAUAACUUCACCAUGAUUUUUGCAGAGCAUCUCAUACCUCAAGAUGUCUUGCCAUCGCUUGCCAAGAGUGUCAUGUAUGGAGCUGGGUUCAUCUGUCCUCAGUUAUUAGUGUUGUGCAGUCAGAAACUUCUCCAUCGGAUUGGCUACUACAGGAUCAUUUUGAUGACCUUCUACGUGGAAGCAGGAGCUGCUAUAAUCAUGCUACUGUUGGGUCCAGGCAGCUACUAUUUCCUUGCAUUGUUCCUCACUGGUAACAUGGUCUUGGUUCAAGCGGCCUUCAGUCUUUUCAAUUUGCCACUGGCUGACAUCAUUGAUUCUGACCUUCAGAAAAACAAACGCAGUACUCCACUCUCAUCUAUGGUUUUUGGGACAAAUGCACUUUUUACAAAGCCUGCCCAGUCUCUGGCCCCUAUGCUGGUUGUGUCCAUCCUGAACAAAUAUGGCUAUUCAGAAAUCAAAGAUGUUGGAAAUUCUGUAGACCCAAGUGUUCUUCAGUCUCUUCAGAGCACCAUGUUUUACCUGGUAUGUGUAGUACCAAUGUGCGUCACAGCUCUGCAGGUGCUUGCAUGGAGGCCAUUCUCCAUAAGAGACAGUCAUAUGUUGGACUCUUAAGUAUAUACCUGUAAAUGGAUAAAUGUUAGCUAUAUGUGUGCCCUUUAUUUUUGUGCCUAUAUUUGUGGUGGGUGGAAGGUUUAAGUUGAUAGGGUUGUUGGUCCACUGAUUAUUUGUAUUGGUUCAAUUGUAUACUUUGCAUCAAUAAAGCAAGUAUGCAUCUUGGGGAUUCUUGGAGAACAUUAAUCAGACGUUCAGAAGGAAACUGUAGUAAGGAAUAAUGUGGUUUUUCCUUUUUUAGGAAUAAUUUGGUUAUUAUUUUUUAAUAAUGACAUUAUACUUGCAAAAAAAAAGAAUAAAGGAUGGACUGAUUUAUAUGACAUGAAUGUGUUUUAUGUCAUUUAUCUGUUGCCUGGGACAACGGUCAUUAAUACAGUUUAGCUGUCAUUAUACAAAUGUAUUUGACCAAUUGACUGAUUAAAAUCAGAAGUUUUGUAAUACGUCUAUUUAUCUGUAACAUGUUCUGUACUGUAGCACUAUAGGUCAUUUUUAGCUGCUGGGGUGAUAUUAAUAUUCAUUUGUUAUUGGAAUGACAGAUGUAGCCAUUAUGACAUGAAAUAACUGAAGUUUAUUUAUUUAAAAAAUGUAAUUAGAAGUGUAACUGAAUGCGGUGGUAAAGGUUUACCAAAAUUGUAAACAGAGAACAAUGCAAAAAUGCAUGUUUAUCAUUAUAAAAUGAUUGUGGUGUAUUUUCUGAUUUUUUACUCAGGAAUGUAUACAUAUAUUUUAUUUAAUUCAACUGGUUGUUA